AUGGAGCCGCGGCCCGGCCGCGAGGAGGGGCCGGCGCAGGCGGCGGCCCCCGAGGGAAGGGAGGAGCGGCCGAGUCGCACCGAGGAGGAUGGCGGCGAGAGCCCCGGAGGAGAGCGCGCCCGGGACGACUCUGAGAGCCCCCGAGUCCGAGGGGGGGAAGGGGCGGAGACGCCCAAGAAGACGGUGCGCUUCCGAGAACCGUCCGGAGAGGAGCCGGAGCCGCUGCCGGAGCCGAGCCUUUUUCCCCAACACGCCCCGGAGGAGUGGACCGGCGUCUCCUUCGAGGAGCUCUUCCACCAAGAAGACUGGCAGCGGCUCACAGACGACCGACUGCUGGGCAAGAAGGUGCUGGAGCCGGCCGCCCCCGGCGCCCCUCGGCCCGUCCGGGGCCAGCAGGCCGCCGUGAAGAUGCAGGCCGUCCUGGAGGACCGCACCGUCGUGGAGAAGGACCGCGAGCUGCUCUUUACCAUCGGCGAAGGAGACGUGAGCCAGGCGCUGGAGGAGUGCGUCGUGUCCAUGCGCAGGGGCGAGAUCGCGUUACUGCUGGCCGAUUCCCGGUACGCCUACGGGCCGGCGGGCAGAGAGCCCGACAUCCCCGCCGGGGCUCCUCUGCUCUACCAGCUGCAGCUGCUGGACGUCAGCGACAAAGCCGACCCGCUGAAUUUGCCGCUCUCCGAUCGCAUCCGCGCCGGCAACCGCAAGCGGGAGAGAGGCAACUUCCAUUUCCAGAGGGAGGAGUACGGCAAGGCCGCGAGAGCCUACCGGAUGGCCCUGGACGUGCUCACCACCUGCGGCGGGGAUGCCGGCGAGGAGGACGAGCGAGAGGUGCGCCACUACCGGGUCAAGUGUUUGAACAACCUCGCCGCGGCGCUGCUCAAACUGGAGCGGCGCCGGGAGGCGCUGCGCGCCAGCCGCGACGUCCUGGCCCUCCAGCCCGACAACGUCAAGGCCCUCUACAGGGCGGGAAAGAUCCUGUCGGACGCGAGCGACUACGGGGAGGCCGCGGAGCUGCUGAAGAAAGCCUUGAAGCUGGAGCCCGCCGCCAGGGCCAUCCACGCCGAGCUUUCCAAGCUCGUGAAGAGGCAGUCGGGCGGCAAGGCCGCACGCCAUCGGAACGCGAAGCCCGCCGAGAUGUCGGGCGACGACGUCGCACCUUUUCUCCUCCCCUCCGGACCGACAUCGCCCAUCUCGUGGAAGUUGAUCGUGGGAGCUCUGCUGGUGGCACUGGGCAGCUUCGUGACGUCGCUCGUCCUCACUGCAAGGAAUUGAAGACUUGAGCAUCCUCGCUCGCUUCCGCCUCCUUUUUUGCCAUCAAGUUCAAACUCAGUCAUUGUCAGGGACGUCUUGUCUUUGAAGAAUCCGCACAUUUACUUCCAGGUACUGGACAUAUUGGCAUAACGGAGGCACUGAAAACGGCUGGCCUUGAAAAAA